UGUAAUUCGUUGAAGACCGCCGGGCUUAAGAUUCAACCAGCGGUGACUUCGACUAGACCGGUGACUUUUUUUUGCCGGGGCUUCCUCCGCGAGCGAGCUCCUUCGUUCCCAAUUGAUUAUGGCCGUCGAUGGGGAGAGUGUCUCGAUGCCAAUGGCGGUGUCUGCUUGCGUCGCUAUGGCGUUAUUCUAUGUUUUGAUUCUUUAUGCUCCCACCGUGAUUCUCCGUCUCCCGUCUGCUUCUUCUUACUUAGAAUUUAUGGUUCGGAGAUUUAUUUGCGCGGCUGUUUCUACUGUAGCGUCUCUCGUCUUCACAGCUUUUGUACUCCCGAUAAAAAGCUGGGAGGCAUCUGUUUAUGGCGUAAGGACUGAUCAUCUGUGGCAAGGAGUAGUGUAUCCUCUUCUGUUAACCUCUCUCAUUUAUGCGGGAUCUUUGGUCUCGAAAUUGUUAUUGCUCCUGGAAUCAUGGAAGGAGACUGGUGGAGGGUGUAGCUCCAUUAAUAACAUCAAAAGCUUUGUCCAAACAAUCCCUGCUUUGAUAGUGACAGGUGCUUCUAAUGUUUCUGUUUGGCGCAAUUUUAUCGUGGCACCAGUAACCGAGGAACUUGUUUUCCGAGCUUGUAUGAUACCUUUGCUUCUGUGUGCUGGAUUUAAGAUUUAUAGCGCCAUCUUUCUCUGCCCAAUUCUCUUUAGCUUGGCCCACUUGAACCAUUUUAGAGAGAUGUACAUCAGGCAUAACCGCAGCUAUCUCAGGGCUUCACUGAUUGUUGGUCUUCAGCUUGGUUACACAGUCAUUUUUGGUGCAUAUGCAUCUUUCCUCUUCAUCAGAACCGGACAUCUCGUUGCUCCUUUAUUUGCUCAUAUAUUCUGCAACUACAUGGGAUUGCCUGUGCUAUACGCACGAGGGAAAGGUUUGGUGAGUGUGGCGUUCUUAGGCGGUGUGGUUGGGUUCGUCUCACUUCUCUUUCCUUUAACAAGGCCUCUCAUGUACAAUGACAGAACCGUCGAUUGCCCAUGUUGGUUUGGCUAUUGUUUGUGGAAUUGAACACAUCCUCCGAGUUUACGUUUUCAAAUUUCCACUUGGACACACACAGUAUUUAAAUUAUGGUCUUUUACUGCAAGCUAAUGUUCUUGAUAGCUUAUGUAGUUUUACUUUUGUAAAUAUUGACUUCUGUAAUUAGACAAAAAACAAUCGAGUUAGUGUCUCCAAAAUCAAUGUGGCUAAUUGUCCCAUUUUUUUCGGUAA